AUGUUUGAUCAUGUUAUUUACUUGCAAGCAGGAAAUAUGUCUAUCGAAGACGAUGAACCCGUAAUUCAAAUUGAGGAUUCAGUUGACAGUUCAGUCCCUAGUUCGAAAAGAGCAAAAACUUCUACGGCUUGGGAAUGUUUUGAAAAGUUUGUUGAUGAUGAAGGACUCCCAAAGGCCAAAUGCAAAAAUUGUAAUAAAAUUUACAUGGCUAGAGAUGGUGGUGGCACUUCAAAUUUGAAAAAACAUGCGGCGAUUUGUGUUGGAAGAGGAAAUGGAUCAUCUUAUCCGCCACUGAAUCAAGAAAUGCAUAGGGAAAGAAUUUCUGAGGUAAUUGUUAAACACAAUUAUCCUUUUAGUUUUGUUGAACAUGAAGGGAUAGUUAACUUACUUAGUUUUUUGCACCCUGAUGUUAAGUCCAUGACUAGAAAUACUGCAAAGUCUGAUGUUCUUAAGGUGUUUAGAAAAGAAAAAGAAAACUUAAAAUCCUAUUUGCAGUCAAUUCCAGGAAAAAUUUGUUUAACAUCUGAUCUAUGGUCUGCAAUAAAUACUGAUGAAUAUAUGGUUCUGACGGCACAUUUUGUUAAUAGGAAUUGGGAAUUAGAGAAAAAAGUUUUGUCCUUCCUUCAUUGUCCACCACCUCAUAGCGGUUUUAAUUUGGCUGAGAAGUUAAUAAGUUUGUUAAAGGAGUGGGGUAUAGAGAAAAAAGUAUUCACGAUUACUUUAGAUAAUGCAUCUAACAAUGAUGUUAUGGUUAUAGAUGAAUCUUUAGAAAAGAUUAGGUUGUGUGUGAAAUAUGUAAGGGGCUCAGAAGCUCGAAAGAUAAAGUUUGCAUCUUGUUUAAAGCAACUUUCAAAUGUGACUUCUAAGCAAGUUCGUCAAGACUUACCUACUAGGUGGAAUUCCACUUAUCUGAUGCUUGAGACUGCUAUAGCAAAUGAGGGUAAAUAUCCCAAACUUGCUAUAUUGGCACGUGACCUUUUGAGCAUUCCAAUCACUACAGUUGCAUCAGAAUCAGCAUUUAGUAUAGGUGGACGUAUACUUGAUAAGUAUCGAAGCGCUCUUAAAUCUGAUAAUGUUGAAGCAUUGUUGUGCACACGUGAUUGGCUUUGUGAAAUUCCAGCUGCAUUUGAUAUUGAUGGACCCGAUUUUGUUGAGGACCUUUCAACAUUCUUUUCCACAACAUGA